UUUAAUUUGCGUGAAUUAAGUGAAGCUUUUAGCAGAUAAUUAAUAUUGUUGUAAGAGCGGAACACGCAACAAUAAUGGCUGUUACGCUGCUUACUUUUCUUUGUCUCGCAUCUUUUCACUGCGCCGUUUCUGCAGAUCUGUUCUCAGAGUACGCUCACAAUGCAGUUUUGGACACAGCGGAGAAGAUGAAACUGUUUUGGACCGUUGAUUGGGACGCGGAAACUGUUUCCUUUGCCUUGGAGGCGACCACCACAGGAUGGGUUGGAUUUGGGUUCUCUGGUCGUUCUGGGCAAAUGGUUGGCAGUGAUGUCGUGAUCGGAUGGGUGAAAGAUAACAAAGGAUAUCUUACGGUAAAGUGAUGACUUAAAUAAUGCAACUAUCUGUAUACGUAGGCAACGCUUUGUUGUUGUUAUAUAUUACAAACCUGAUUGUUGAGACAGUGAAACUGGAUGGGAAGAUCAAGAGAGGAACUUCUGAAACUGUGAAUAUUUUCAUAUAUCACUAUUAGUCCGCACUAAAAAGUUAUCGGUAAAAGGCUAUUGCACAACGCGUUUUUUCUUUUGUACGGCCUGGGCCGGGCCCGUCAUGUUUUUCGAAAGUCUCGGUUCUCUUUCUUAAAACGUAAUUGUAAAUAGAUUUUGCAAUGCUGUAUGUACUUGUGUAGUCCUGCAAAUAUAGCUUGUUGUUGUCGUUGUUGUUGUCGGUAAAGAGUUCCGGGCCCGAAAACUAGUCAAGAUGCAGAUCAAAAUAUAAAAAAUAUAAAAAGCGCAGGUCUUUGCUAGCAAACUAAUCUAUUUUGUUUCGAUAAUGAAUGGUUGUAUCAUAUAUCAUCUGCACAAUUAUUGAAACCUCGAUCUUGAACAAAAACAAGAAUAUCUUUUUUUGGCUCGUUACGUAUACUAAUGGGAAGUUUAGAUACUCUGGAUGCCAGUGGCUUUUCAUGUGCGGUUUCCGGUUUCGGUCAAUUCGGGCCAAAGCUUUUCUCCUCUCGAAAAGAAAAAAAAAGUUCUUUAUUUGAGUGACAAGGUAUUUAGCACUAAAGUACUAAUUGGGGACACUAUAUUUACGUCUCCAACUGGAGACGGGACGCGAGGGUCUACCCGUUUGUAGGGCAAAGGCAGUACCUUCAUUUCUCAGUUAUUUUUAAGACCCUGAGUGUUGGUUCCGUCCCGGGAAACGAACCCGAGAACUCCCGCUCUACAGUCAAGCGCUCUACCGACUGAGCUAAUCGUACCGCGGUGAUGAGAGAAAAAUAAAGAUGAUGUGAAAAAAAAAAGAACAAACAAGCAACAAAAAAACAAAACAACAACAACAUAGACAUUUCUUUGAAUUAUUGAUUUUUGGUAUAUUUUCCCAUUUGAAAGCCUUAGAGAAAAUGAGGUUAUAUGUUAACUGCUGAUCGAAAGCGUUUAUAAGAUAGUCCUACUAACUAAUAACUUCAUGGGCAUCGAAACAUUUUUUACCACGCCGAAUAAAACUCUCUCAACAAAAACAAUCAACAAUCAACAACAACAACACAUCAAACACUGAACAAUAACAAUCCAACAAUGCAUGCAGGUUUACUCGUUUGUGCUAUCUCCUUGCCCAUAUCAAUGUCACAUAGUAAAGAUUCUUAACAUGCUUUCACAAAGUAUUGAAAUACAACUUUCACGGUUAGGAAUUACGCAAGGGGAUAUUUAACAACUUUGUGUUGCAUAAUUCAGGUGUAGGAUGAUGUCUAUCGAGAUGUCCCCUGAUAGGUACCAUAUCGCCACAGACACUGACAGUGAUGCUUUAUUUGUCGUAUUUCAGUUUCUUCAGUGAGAGAGAAAGUAAACAUUGCUAAGUGUGGGGCGGACGCUGCGUUUGGAUUUUUUAUUAGCUCAUGAAACUGAAUGACGUAUUUUUAGAAACAGAGUUUGUUGUAACAACGAAAUUGUUGAACUAAACGAGCCACACUGAACGUAACAGCUCUGGUUCGCGGUCACCGUUAAGAUUUCUUAAUUGGACGACACUUAUAUGUACGUCUAAUUGGAAACGACAUUUUGUUACAAUCAAGAAAUUAUAUAUUUUGAGAUGAAGUUCAGCAAUCAUGCCUAACUUCUUUGUCAAUUUUAUCAGUUGUCUUUCACCUGUUUUUUGGCAGCCAACACCUUUCCUCUUAACUACGACGGCUUGAAUCCAUGCAGUAACCCCUAGGGGGAGGGGAAGUCCCUAUAAUGGCCUCUACAGGGAGGCUCCGCCCGAAAUGGGUACAUUUUUCAGGUGUCAGGUAUAUGGUAGUUGAAACAUGUCGAAAGGUUAGGAAAAAUUUGCCAUUUCGGUCUGUAAAAAGGCCCAAACGGGCUAACAGAUUUUUUGGCCUUUAGGAAGAAGAGAAAACGGUCCGGUUUUGUGAUUUAUAUCUAUUUUAAAGACAGUUCAUUUUGUAGUAGUUAAAAGGGCCAGAUGCAAACUUCUAAAUGAGGUAUAUGAAAUGGGCAUCAUUUGUCAAUAGAAGGUAUACGAGAGGGGUACCCUGUCUGCUGUCAAAAAGGCCCGGUAUAUAAAAGGUUGGGUAAGGAAUUGGAUCUCGGGGCAGAGCCUCCCCAGUAUGAAACUCUGUUGAGUACCCCCCCGGGCCACAUAUUCUAAAUGACAACGAAUCAUAUCUGUAACCUGCUAGGUACGAACAUUUACAUUAUUUUGCCGCAAUGGUGUUGUGGGCAAUAAUAAAACGUUAACUUAAUAAUCUGAUCAAUUUUGCUAUCUACUUAUAAUAAAUUUUUACAUUGUUACGGGCUAAAUUUUAAAGAACCUCUCUCGCAGGAUCGUUACGCUGAUGAAAAAGCAAUUCCACUGGUCGACGAACAGCAAGAUUAUAAACUUGCGGAUUUCCAAGAAAGCGACGGAAAAACUCUGCUUAAGUUCUCGAGGAAAUUUGACACCUGCGAUCCACGUGACAGGAAACUUGAGGUAUGUGUUUAAUUUUUGCUCAUUGAAUUAUCCCUUGAAGGGAAAGUAAUCCAUUUUCUAUUUGCACAUCUUCCAAAAUAUAUCUUGUUCACUCGGAAAAGUUUUGCAUGAGUUAUGUUUCCAAUUUCUGUUGGGACGAAUGCAAUACCCAGGAGAAAUUAAAAGCAAAAGUUAUGCAAAAUGUUUGGGUGCAAACGAAAGAUCGAUGUGCAAAUGAAGGAGACAGUAUUCAUAACAAUUCACUCUCAAUCACUCACAAAGGCGGGUUUUCGCUUGGCUUACAAAGGUGGGUCUCACAAGGCUUUCAGGGGCGGGAUCCACAAGGCUUUGAGUUUCACAGUCCGGUUUAAAGGCGAUAAAAAACUAACUACACCUUUGCUACAUCAGAAUUUUUCACGUGUUUCCGGUUGUAAAACGAUCUUAAAUCCAUUACGUAAUCAAAUACGCGCUCAGUCCCGGACAGAGGAUUUGAGAAUUUGUAUCUUGUAAACCCCUUACCUGCGCAUGCGCGAACCCUUGUUGGCUAUUUUGCGCACAUCUAAACGUUCGCGUCAAAUUCUCUGAGCUGAGACGUUUGUGUGGUGGGGGCAUGUUCGUGCCCCUUACCGUACAAACCUUUCUACAAUUUCGCGUCUUUGUAGAGCUCUUUAGCCGUACCACCUUUAAACUUGGCAAGCAGUGUCGAUGGAUAUUCACUUAGUGGAAGGAUCUGUUAUGUUUGAAGUACGAGAUGAAAGUUGUAGGUGAAACUUCAGUUAUCGGGAGUUAUUUUAAUUUCAUGGCAUGGCAGUUUGUCCAGUGCUUUCAAAAAUCAUCCGGUCUGACGAAUAUAUUUUUAGGGGGGGUCUGCACAUCUCUGACCCUUCCCUUGAAAACACCACUCUUCACCAAAUGAGAUAAAAGUUCAAUGAAUGACUGAAAAUUGAAAAGAGAUGUUGGAUGGUACCAUGGGAGUAACUCUCUUCUUUUUUAUAGGACGGUGCCACCAAAGUUGUGUUUGCGUAUCAUUCUGAAGAUCCAGUAUCCUCAACGGAGAUGAAAUACCAUGAGUUCAGAGGCACUAAAACCAUCCUACUGUUGAACAGUAUGGAUAAAAGAAACGUUAAUGAGACUGGAUGGAAAAAGUUCACUUUUAGUGCAAACAACGUAAGUAUAUUUAAAGGGGCUGUGUCACGACUUUGGUUAUGCCAAUUACUCACUCUUAUCCGCAAUAGAAUAAACGUCAGCGAAUAAAUUCCUUGCAUAUGACACAAUUACAACUUUAUGUUAAACAUACAUGUCUCCUAACUAUAUCAAACAUCACAAACAACAGAAAUGAAGGUUGAAAAGUUUUGCCUUACAAGUUUUCAAAACCGCUUCCGUAAAUUUCUGAAAAUAAGCCCCUCCAUGUAUAAGCGCCUCCAAAUAUAAGCCCCCCAAACCGGUAAGUCCGGUAACGCCCUCAAAUGCAAAGUAAAACAAACGAAAAACGGUAAAUGUGGUUCCAACUAUAAAGCUAGCCCAAUCGAUUUUAAAACGCAAAUUUCCCUCGGUAGAUAAGCCCCUCCGAAUAUAAGCCCCUCAAAAAGGGCCUUUGAAAAAUAUAAGCCCCGGGGCUUAUUUUCGGAAUUUUACGGUAUUUUAAUCCGUUUCAAUCUUCUUCACGUUUGUCCACCCGUGCCUUCUUUUGUAUUUGCUGUGUUAUUUAAUAUACCUUCCUUCAAUGUUUUGAACGUUAAUUUUUACGUUUAACUAAGUUUUGUGGCAGUUCCCGCUGUUUGAAUUUCGAUAAAUUUCGUGACACAGCUCAGCUCUAAAAGAAUUCUGUUGCAUGAAUUACGUUUGAUACAAGCUGCUGCAAAAAUACCUCUAGAAAUACUGGACGGAAGAUUAAUGGUGGAAGCCAGUAUCCGACAACUCAAACGUAGUGCAAAGGAUUACGUUGUGAGUUAGUCCUUUCAAUCCGGCUUAUCGGUAAACCAAGUAAGAUCGGGUCGCCUUCCUGCAAUUACCACUUUCUCGAUUCCAGAAUCACCUCACACAUAUUUGAGCCAUUUUUUGGUGAACUAAAAGAAUUCGCAGAUCUUUGGUGUGCUGGUAAGUCGCUUACCAUUUUUGGGCAACCCAACCGGACCUGUCUGUCAUAAUAAGCACCCUCUCCAUGCGAAAUGACGUCUUUUUUUGGAAUAUUUUCAAUGCAUUAUCUAUAACAGACGUCAAAAAAGGAAAUAAAAGAUUUCUACAUGCAGGCCACAUCUCCGUGGAACAAAUUUAAAAAAUCUGCAGAAUGAACGACAAGUGUUGUGACAGAUUCUGAAUUUUAUAGACCAUAAUUCGUAGUGAUAUGUCAACUAAUUCUCGUAUACUUUUUCCUUAAAGGAGACAAUUCCAGGAGGCGAGAAGACCACCUACAUGUGUACGCUGCUGAAAGGCCCGGAACUGACAUCAAAACACCACGUCACAAAGGUAGCUCUUGGAAAAGUAACAAUAGAAAAUUAUAGUAAUAAUGAUAAUGACAUGAGAAUGGGAACGCUAGGUACAUGAAGUGGCUAAAUUGCUAAGAGGAUAAUAAUAUUUUGUUUUUUUUUUCUCCUCACCGGUUAAUCUUCCUCCUGCAAUUUUUUCGUUGACACAUCAGACUGAAUCAAAACCAAGGUUCUUUUGCUAGGUUCGAAGCUAAAGCUGUGAAUUGGAACUCGAUUCCCGAUGAACUCUAAAAAACUCACUUAAACUCACUUGUAUCCUUUUAAAAUUGGCUUGGAGAGUAACUUUUAAAAUCCAUUCCAAUUUCAGAAAAACAUUAUAUGGAUUUCCAUGGUUUUUUUUCUUAUUCUUCUUCAUCCCAUGAGUCACAAACUUAGUUUUUGUGACGAUAUCACCUCUCUACUUGACCACAAUUAUUUCAUUCGUGUAAAAUUUAUAGAAAAAGGAACUCAUAUAUACGUACUUAAUUAAUAUCUCAAAUUUUUUUUCAGACUGUUCCUCAUAUUCAGAAAGGAAACGAAGGUUUCGUGCAUCACAUGCUACUGUUCGAGUGUGAAGGAAACUUUACUGAGGAGCAUUUCAACAAGGGCGUUAAUUGUUACGAUCGAGCCAAUAUGCCCUUUUUGAAAUGCAAGUCUUCAUCAAUUGUGGCAGGCUGGGCUGUAGGGGGAAUGGUACGUAAAAACACUUAAAAAUCUCAAUCUAAAUAGGACCUUCACCAGUAUUUGUGUUGACUUUAUGGUUAAAUUUAAACGGAACAAAGACUAGCCUGCGACUCAGCGGCGAUGAGCGAGGAGAAACGUCUGCCGUUCGCAGGCUAAACAAAGACAAAAUACUGUGUGAAAGAUAAGGCCGCCGAUGGGAGAAAAGGUCGAAAAGAGGUUUGCCGACAUUACCUUCCGCGGCGAUUUUCCACGAGUGGCUAACUCCAAUAAUUACAGUCAAAGCCCACUUUACAGACGACACCCUCUUAUUAAGGAAACCUCAUUAUUGUGGACAGUUUGCUUUGUCCCUUGGGAAAAAAAGCCUUUGCAUUUUCUCUAAAUUCAACCCGCUUAAAAAGGACACUUUCUAUGACCCCCACAGUGUCCAAUUUAACGGGGUUUGACUAUGCUACCUUAGCUUUCCAACGUAGUUUCACACUCGAAACGCCUUCCAAAAUCGGCGAAGCUGUGAAGACAACCGGCAAGCCGAGAACUUUGGGGCUUUUGGGGUGUAAGUGCAAUGCAAUUCUAUCCCUGUUUUUGUUCCCAGCCAAUCACAAAGCCCGGUUUUUACUAAGUGGCAUUUUUUAUAGUUCUUACUCAAGCGUUUAGUCGGUUAACUGAGUCUGUAAUGGAUAAGAAGAAUAUAUAAUAUUAACCAACUGUUUAGCUGCUUGUCACCUUCUGAUAUAAGGCUCCUGGACUAUUUCUAUUGUCAUCUCUCUUGUAGGACUUUUACUUCCCUCCACAUGUUGGUUUCCCUAUCGGAACAAGCGACUCUCCUAAAAAUUAUCUUCUGGAAAUACAUUAUGACAAUCCAAACUUCGUCAAAGGUUUGCUCAUUUUUCAAUUCAUUCAUUCAUUUUUCAAUUUCUGACGUGGCAAAUAAUGCCUUGCAUGCUUUUGGAAAUUUUAAAGCCUCAGGAAUUUUAUUACUAGUGAUGACAUGUUUCGUCCUGUAUCUUGCAAGGAAAAGCAAUGUUCAAGGGUUGAUAUUUUACUUUUCCUCAAGGCAGAUAGACUCCUUUGCUCGUUUUCGUGACUUUUGGGCAAGCCCACAAAGUAGAUUACCGCUUACAUGUCAGAAAAUGUGUAAUAACCUUUCCUGGGCGAAGAGAUUGUAUCUUACGAGUGGAUCAGCUUCAACCAGCAAGGGCGGGUUGGUUAAAACUGAGCUACAUUGUGAAUGUACUCAUUUCAAACGCCAUUCAGAGAGAUUUUCAAAGCGAAUUAAGUUCAUGUAGUGUUUUCACUCACGUGGCCAGCAUCUAUGCAAAUUUAUUGGAACAAAAGAAAUCGUUUGCAUAAGAAAAGAGUUCAACUCCCACAGGACUGGUUUGGGACAUCAACAUGGCCGCCGUUUUACUGUUUUGGGACACCAAUAUGGUCGCCGUGACGUCAUGUGAAAACACUCUAUACGCUUAGUAUAUGCACAACAAUAAAUAUAGAAAUAAGAAUGAAGUCCUAUUCCUGAGGCUUUAAAAUUUCCAAAAGCAUGCAAGGCAUUAAUAGUAAGUUUUAAUCCGUAUUUAUCUUAUAUAAAUAGUUUUUAGCAUCAAUUUCAACUUUUCUAAUUUGUAUGGUGUUUUUGUCAGUCUUUCCUUUUAGUUUUUUUUAGAUGGAUUUUAAUUAGCAGGACCUGCAUUGAUAGCAGUUUUUCUUAACUGACGCAGUCAUCCUGGGUAAACAUGUUCUUCUUCUCCUUCUUCUUCUUCUUCUUCUUCUUCUUCUUCUUCUUCUUCUUCUUAUUAUUAUUAUAUCAUAAUUUCUACUACUACGACCACAGUAUUAUUGCUACCACCAUUACCACUACCAUCACACCCACCACCACCACCACCACCACUACUACUACCACCACCACUAUUACUACUACUACUACUACCACUACCACCACCACCACCACCACCACCGCUAAUAAUAAAAAAAAUAAAAGAAAAUAACAGAGGUUGACAGCUUUGUUUUCAACUACCCACCUCUAUAGAUGUGAUUCUCACUUUUUUCAUCAGGUCAAAAAGACAGCUCAGGUCUUAGUUUCUACUACACCGACAAUUUGCGAAAAUAUGACGCUGGGAUUGCACCUGUUGGUGUUAAAGUGAAUAGCUGGCAUAUUAUUCCUCCGAAACAGAAAAACUGGUUAUCUGUUGGAUACUGUAUGCACCAAUGCACAGAGGUGAAUGUUUUUUAAUUUUGUCUUUUUCGGGUAGGGCCAUGCUUUGACAGACUACAGAGAAGAAGGAGGACGAAUAUUUCUUUUUGCAGCUAAAAAUAGUUUAAAACAACUUUAUCCUGCGCUCAACUCGGACAUAUCAUGCAUAAGGGUAUUGCUUUUUGUAAAAAAAGUCACGAAUGUGCAAAAUUGUCGCGCUUGGAUUGUCCUUGAAAAACUACUCGUGGUCAAUACCACAUCGCACGGGAGUCGACUAUUACGGAGAAAAAAGAUACAGCCCAAAUCUUACUCUGCUCUUUGGAUUAAUAGCGACUGUGUUUAAUUUCUGUUUCAGUCCUUGUUCAACAAUACGGGAUUACCUGGAGGAGGGAUCAACGUCUCUGCCAUUUUACUUCACACCCAUCUGGCAGGUAAAGCUCAUUACGAUCACCAGUAUCAAUGACCUCUCUUUCUUUUCUGAAGAUGCAAAAAACUAUCCAGACUCCUGACGCUCACUCACGUUUCCUUUAUGUACGUCGGUUGGUUGGGCGGUGGAAACUAAAAAGUGAUUAUAACUAGCUGUUGGAAAAUAUCCAAGGCACAUGGAGAUAAAAUGACGACAGAAUUGUCGCCCAGUCGUUUUCUACGUGAAACUCGUCUUAGCAAUAAAAAGUUAUGAAAUAAUAACCAAAUUAGCAAGUCAAAAUAAAUGGAGCCGUCGAUAAGUAUGCUUUUUUAAGUUUUCCGUUGAUUGGUGUGCCUAAAAUGUUAGUUGCGGAUAUAUCUUAACCAGUUUAAACAUUUUUAGAAAGAAAAAUAUGGAAUGCUUUUUGUUAUAGUAGGAUUAAACAAAAUUAUGCAGCAUUAUUUUAUUUCACAGUUAAAAUUCUUUUUUCUAGGGCGUGCUUCCUGGACCAGGCAUAUCCGUAACGGAAAAGAACUUCCUGAGAUUGCCCGAGAUAAUCAUUAUGACUUUAAUUUCCAGGUAUGAAGUUGAAGUUUCAUCAAAACAACAAGUCCCUUUUUUGUUUUGCUAGUCUAAAACAAAGAAUUUAGAGAUAAAUACUUUCAUCAGAUAUGGGUUAGACUGCUUGCAGUCCGCCUUUUCUCUUAAAAUCCGUCUAGUUCUUAUCUCAGCCAGCGCGAUUGCAAACACUGACUUCCUACACAUGUUAUAAUAAGGGAUUGGGACAAGACGAGAAAAGACGAACCUUGUGUAUUUGACGCGGGGAAGUGCAGAGUUGAUAUAAUCCUGGUCGAUUCUUUGGCACCUUCACUGUAACAGGCACUAGGCUCUCUAAACUCUCCAUCCACGAUCAAGUUGUUUCUUCUCGGGCUUAAUUACCCCCUCGUUUAUCGCGGCUCGCGUGCUUGGGUUUCGCGUGCAGUAACUUUGCAAGGAAAAAUAGGAGACCAUGCUCCCAGUCUAGAUAUGGGUACACUCGACGUUUACAAACGAUGUCCUUGUCUUGAUUUGCAGGACAGUCAAGUUUUAAGAAAAGAAGUCAACAUUCAACCGGUGAGUAAUCAAAACUAAAAAAAUAGGUGGCGAGUGUGGCAGUGGUAAAGAGUAAACAAUAGAAUUGUGGUGGUGAAAGCGGUGGAGGGCAAACAACAGGAAUGUGGUGAUGGUUCUAGUUUUGAUUGUGGUGGAGGGAAAACAAUAUAUAUGUCGUAGUGGGGGGUGGCGGUGGUGAUUGUGGUGGUGGUUUAAGUGGGAGAAGGAAAAGACGAUAAUUGAGGAGGAGCAAAAUAACUGAAUUGUGAAGGAGAAGGAAGGGGACUGGCGUUAGUAAUGUUUUUGGUGCUAGAAAGAGCUAGUCUGCGCUCAAUUUGUGCACAAGGGAUCAGUGAACUGGGAUAGUAACAAUUUGUUGAACAAUAAAAGAAGCAGGAAAUAGAACUUGCGUAAUAGGCCAUUUGCACGAUGACGUCAUUUUACUACUACGACCAGAAUCCUUUAGGCUUUUGCUUUUUCGUGCAAAUUAGGGCUUUUGUUAUUUAAACCUCUCUGGGAUUACCAAAUUUAAGUAUGAAAGAAAAACGAAAAAGAAUUGUGGUCGUAGCUAAAAUGACGCUAUCUUGCAAAUGGCCUAUUACCUUACGACAAAGUGAUUUUACAUGCCAAUUGCCAACCUUGAUGCAUUGCGCGCCGCGAACACAAGUCCCAUAAAUUUCGUGUGACACGAAAUUACUGAUAGCUGUGAAAGGCUUUUCCAAAAGUUUGGUAUCGGUUCCAACUGCUUAAGCUAUCCGUUUAAAAAAAUUGUCAUCCGCUCGAACGGCUAGCCGUUCGAAAAAAGAAAUGUCAUCCCUUGGAACGACUCAGGCUAUCCGUGCGAGAAAAAUCGUAAUCCGUUCGAACUGCUCGGGCUAUCCGUUUGAAAAAGAUGGGGCUCAAGUACUCGGUGUAAAAACCUGUGAACCUCACAAGUGACCGCGUAAAACAAUGAGAACAAAGAAGCCAGUGAGAAGUCAAAAUAGGGCCAAGGAAAAUAGGAAACAAAGAAAACCUUUACCGCUUUUUACACCAAGAUGACCCAAAAAUUGUCAUCCGUUCGAAUAGCACUGGCAAUCCGUUCGAAGAAAUUGUCACCCGUUCAGUAACACACAGCAAUAUCACUCUAGGCGCACUCUCUCUCACUUUAAGUCUGGUUUCCAUAUGAUCGUCCGGAUCGUCCCAAUCGUCCCAGUCGUCUCAAAAAAUGUUCAGACGAUCGGGAGGAUCAUAUGGAAACGCUACCCAGACGAUAGCAAGCGACCCGGAGGACUGAGACGACCUCGAUCGCUUGGAUAGAGUUGAGUUCUAUCCGGACGAUCGGGACGAUCAUUUUCAUUUUGAGGCGAUCAUGUGGAAACUACCAAUCGCCCCAGUCGUCCGGAUCGUCUCGAAAUAUUUUGAAACGGCUUGGGCGAUCGGGACGAUCCGGACGAUCAUAUGGAAACCAGGCUGUAAUACGUCCCGGUUAUAAGUCCCAGAUGUGAGUCAUGGAAGACUGCUGCACAUUACAGAUUCCUAAGCGGCAAUUUAUUCUUGAGAUAAAGACAAACGGCUUUAACGUCAUCGGUGUACAGUCGACACGAUAGGACUUACACCUGAACCUGCUAGACGGUCAUGUGACAUUUUUCGGCGGAUGCGUGAUUAUUUUGGCAGUUUUAAAUUUAUCUUCAUUUGAUAUCUGCUUACAUGUAUAGGGUGGACGGACGGACAGACGGACGGACGGUGACUUGAGUAGUAAAAUUUCUCGCCUUCUUGGGUUCCCUUAGGUCACCCACGGGCUCUACUGCGCACGAGCUCGGCGAUAAAAUAUUUCUUUGAUAUUUGUUUUUAGGGUGAUGACCUUAUUCACUACUGUUUGUAUGAUUCCAUGGACAGAGAUAAGCUGAUUCAAGUAAGUUCCGUUGAGUUAAUUUUUUCAAAGACAAGAACUCAUUACUUUCUUUAAGCCUUCGGUUGAAGGGUCUGACAAGUUCUAUACAUUUUUGUACUCUUUUUUUGGUGAGCUGAAAUUUUUAGUUAAAUUCAGUUCACAGCUUGUUGUCUUAUCUAAUGCGUGCAACUCUCAAAAGAAAGAUAUCAAUGGAUUCAAUGAAAAGGACAUCAUGAUUGGGUAUUAGUCAGUUAUUUGACAACAAAGGAGCUUAGCUUGAAAAACGUUUUCACUCUGCACUCUCUUUAGCCCGGCCAACGAACGCCAAAGACACAUAUGCAUUCACUUAUAUAUAGUAGUUCCACUCACUGCAGCACUUGCGUGAUUUUUUUUCAAGCCAUUUACAGGGGCGGAUCCAGGAUUUUUUUUAAGGGGGGGGGGGGUGCAUUCGCCUCUCCCUCACCUUUAACCCAAAUAAACCACAUAGUUUCUUUUUUUUUUUUUUUUUUGCCAAAUACGGGUUUUUUUAAAAAAUCCCGGGUCAUCUCAGCGGGGGGGGGGGGGGGGCGCCCCCCCCCCCCCACCCCCCAGAUACCCCCCCCUAUUUUACACACUUUUUUUAGUUUUGGAUGUUUUUGCUUUUGUUCAUGUUUUUGUUUUCGUUGGUGUUGUUCGUGUCGUUGCCGUUUUUGGUGUUUUUUUUCUAGGCGUUUUAGGGGCGGUUCUUGGGGUUGUUUUUGUGGGUGGGGGGGUUGCACUCGUCUCUUCCUCUACUUUAACACCAAUAAACCACAUAGUUUCUUUUUUUUUCUUUUUUUUUUGCAGAAUACCGGUUGUAUUAGAAAUCCGCAGGUCAUCCCAGGCGGGGGGGGGGGGUGCGCACCCCCUGCACCCUCCCCCUAGAUCCGCCCCUGAUUUAACGCAUUAUUCUUUUUUUAACAACUGUUUACUAGACAGCUGCUGUAACAGGACAAACUGUUCAGAAAAGUGGUAUUAAUUUAUAACGGAACCAUCUGUUUGAAGAAAUGUUACGCCAGAAUUACUAAAAUUACUGUGGUGUCGAUCUGGGAAAUCGUGGCGUACUGAAUUGAGUGACUCCUUCUGGCUGGGGAACCAAAAACUCGUAACAAUGAUAAGCUGUCACGUUGGUCUAGAGCAGGCUAUCUGCCAAUUUCGCUUUUUAGCUACCUCGAAAGUUGGUCUAAAUGGUUGCCAGCUAAUUUAACUGGUACGAAAUUUUCAUUGGAUAUCUUUGCUCAAAUCCAUUUUGUGUAUCGAUCUACUGCCUUUUGGAACUCGUUGCCCCUAGCAACAUUCGCAACUCGCCCUCCGGCUCCAUUUCACAGUUUAAAUAGUCGCUAAAACAUUUUUUAUUGCUAAAGUGGCUUGACGGUUAACAAAUCCUACAUGUUUUUAUUUACAUGUAAUAGUCUUGUUGUAAUUUUAAUAGCUGUAAAUUGAUUCUGAAAAUCGUUUCGUGGAGAGUCAAGUCUUUGCAUUUGAUUUAAGAGCUGUGUUAUAAACUUUACGAUCUUCAAAACGAUCAAGAAGUACUUUAUUUUUAGGGAGGCUUAGAGACAAGAGAUGAAAUGUGCUUGGACUUUCUGUUUUACUAUCCACGAAUUAAAGAUUUCCGAUACUGUAGCAGCACCCUGUAUGAACCCUCGCUGAAGCUCAUGGAAAAAUACUUGUAAGUAUUUCAAUAUUUUGUUCCAACAGUUGGUGCGAAAACAGCAGCCUUGAAAGUUUUCCAACAUUGUAAAUCAUUUCCAGUUUUUUCCUUUAAAAAUGGCCUCUUGUUUCAACUGGCGAAAUGAAACGCAACUCCAAAUCAAUUGUUUGAACAGCUUUUGUCCCAGAGACGUAAAAAAAUCACCGAUCUUCUUUGGCCCGGUUCAGACGUCGAACUUUUCAGAGCCGAACCUAAUACAUUGAAUUAAGUACAUGAAAAAUUCGGCGUCUGAGUCAAUUAGGAGCACCUAUUUCAAUUUGGAACGGCUCAGCCGUUCUUUCUGCCUGACCCGGCCGAGAAUUUCGGCUUUGGAGCGACUUUGGAACAGCUUUGAUUCAGAACCGAACCGAACUUUUCAGGUACCGAAAUAAUGCUUAAAUAAUUAUUUUACAAGCAGUCUGACCGAAAUGAGCAUUUUUCUCCUUCUGAAUUUGUUUUUGGGUGGAAUUAAGAUGGGCGCCUGAAUCAAUUCAGCCGACCUAAACACAUUGGGUCGCCCUUAUAGGAAAUUAGGCUUGGCUCAUGAACUGAUCAUGAAGCUCGGCGUCUGAACCGGGCCUUUGUCUACAACAUUUUAAAAUAGUCUGAAUUUUACAAUCACCCUUGUCCUUAAACCCAAUAGUUUCAAAAAAGGAAACAAAAUAAAAAACAACUUACCCUUAAUUCACACUGUUUGAAGGCCAAAUCUGGGCAAUCGAGCAUCCCUUUUGAUCUUGAGCCAAUCCGCGCUUUAUACGCAUUUUUUAAUGUAAACAAUGUAUACGUGUCCAUCGAGCUUAGUUUAUUUCAAAUAAUUCGAGACCAAUUUCAGAGGGUCCCAAUGGGGUGGUGGCUUUUACGGUUAUCGGCUAAAAUUUUGGCUCUUUUACGGCUAUCGGUUAAUUUUUUUCAGUUACGGUUAACGAAAAAGUUAAAAAUUAACUUCUUUUGUUUCAAAAAGUUAAAUAUUAAUUAACCCGUAUUUUUUUGUAUCUUUAAAUCAAAAUAAAGGUCUCCGGAUCAUCUCGGGAUGAAAUAAGCUAUUCUUUUGAAAAAUUUUAACAUUUUAUAUAUCAAAAGGUUGAAUACUUUUUAUAAAGUAUUCUACUUCUAAUACAUUAUUUUACACAUAGAAAUGUCAAUAGUCAAUUUAAAAAUAAUCUUCGUGAAAAAGCAAAAGCAGACACGCAAACGCCCAACUCAAGGCCGGGGAGCGACAUUCAUUAUAACAGAAAUGGCCGUUUUCACACUAGAGAAGGAUAAUUCGUGUGAGACGGGUUAUCCGUUUGUUGAUUCGCGUCAGAUAGGUAAUACGUCUUAAUCUGAAAAUGGAAUAGUUUUAAUUUUGAAUGAACAAUCCGCCUGACUUUUGAAGACGGGAUUAUCCGCUCCAGUUAGCCUGUGUACAGCCGCCCCCUCCCCCCGCAGAAAAAUCGGAGAAGGGGUGUCUGUGGGGAGGGCGCGACUGUACACAGGCUAGUCUCAGACGGAUGAUCAAUUUCUAGCUCUAGUGUGUGCUUAGGUCUUGGUUAACACCUAAAAGGCGCCUUGCCUAACGUGCGUACGGAGUCACACUAGGCGGGAAGUAAAAAACACAACCAUAAGUAAGUUUAGCACCUUCCUUAAAAGUAGCAAAUCUAGGUAACAAUUUCUUUUACGGUUAACUCUUUUUUACCCUAUUUACGGCUAACGGUUAAAAUUUUUCAAUUUUUACGGCUAUCGACUAAAUUUUUGGCCGUUUUACGCCUAUCGGUUAACCCUAUUGAGACCCUCAUUUCAGGUUACACUUUAAAAAAAAUUCCGCCCACAAAUCGUUCAAUGCAUUAGGAUGCUCAUUUUUUUUUAAAAAACCCGCUUUGAAAAUUUUGAGGUUUACUUCGUCGAAACUUUAACUUUCAUCUUCAGUCCUCAUUUCUCGUUCACAAGAGCGCCUACACCCUCAUCUCGGCUUGUCUUUUUUGGCGUCCUGAAUGAGCAGAAGACCAUUUUCGCUUACAUCAGUGCAUCUGAAUUUUCAGCUUUUGAUGUUGUCUCAAAUAAGGUCUUACUAUACUCUGUCUUUUCAAGCCCACAGGUGAAGGUCACCAACCGCUACCGGAACCCAAUUGCCAGUAUGAACGUUGAUUGGACGGAUGAAAUGGUGAAUGAUUUGAAAAAGUAUGAAAGCGAGGCUGAAACGUUUAUUCCUAGGUGUUUGAGCAAAAACAUAACCUCUAUCAAGGUGAGUGCAUCAUGUAAACCUGCAUCUCCCGAGGACUCUGAUAUCAUAGGAGGGGGGGGGGGGUCAUGCUCAUUGCGAAAUUUUAAUUGCACCCCCUGUAGGAGACCAGUCUCGGCAAAGACCAGGGUUAGCAAUUUCCGUCACCAGUAGUCGGAACCGCUUUCUUUGGGGAUUACCGCAAGCCAAAUUUAAGACAGAUAUUUCCACGUGACACAAUUUGGACUCGUCGACGAAAAAUAUAUAGUGAUACUAAGUUCGCACGUCACGUUGCUUGCUGUGUGAUCGGCAGUGAAAUAGCUUGCGAGAGAGCUCUCCUGGAGUUCUUGGUGGUACGGCCAGAGCGCCAGAGCGCCCUUGGAGAGCUUGCUCGCAGGCUGGCAGUGAUAUGAAUUAAUUUACCCACCAAGUUUAAAAUUACAUGACUCCGUUCUAACCGCCCAAUAAGGUGGCGUCCUUAAAAUAACCACGUGGUAUGACCCUGAACCAAUAGAAAGAGGGCUAUGUACGGAGGAUUCGCUCUCUUAGCUCAUUCUCUCUUGGCAUGAAUAAAUGUGCCCAAUUACAAUAAAUGGUUCUCCUCUACCAAGAGUACUCCGCUGGUGAGGUGUCCAAAGUGAGCAUAGAUAUCCACGUCACCAACCGAUCUGGAAAACUCUUGAGUGACAUUUUGCGUAGUCACUUUGUUCUCUUUUAGCGAAAUCCCCAGACACUAUUUGUCGUCUCUUUCAAUGUGCUUCAUUUUACAGGACAUAAUUGGUCCAAGGUUCAGACUUUCAGUACCGGAAAUCAAAGAGCCGCUGCCCCCUCCAAAGACCUGCCCUGUUCAGUUAUCUGACGCUGACAAGACCACAGUGCCCUGUAUUCUCUUCACUGGAGUCCUGAGUGUUGUGAUUCACGCUCUUAUCUAAUUGAAGCGAUAUAAAGAGAAUAAAGAGGAAGUUCACUUUCUUUUUC